AUGUUCAGGUGUUUUCUGCUGCUUUUGGCAUUUGAUUUCCUGUCUGCAGGACGAGUUCCCCAACUAGAAGAACGUAUUGUCGGAGGAAGUGACAUUGAAAUCGAACAGGCUCCCUGGCAGGUGUCCUUACAAAUUAAUGGACAACAUUAUUGUGGUGGCUCUAUUUACAGCAAAGAUAUUAUUAUCACUGCCGCACAUUGCCGUUUCACUCGCGAAGGCCGACGACUUGAGGCCAAAGACUUUCAAAUUAGCGUAGGAUCCUCAUUGAAAAACACUAACGGAAGUCUUGUCAAAGUGGCAGCCAUAAAAUCUCAUGAAAGGUUUCAUGAUCCACCUUAUAAAAACGACAUUGCCGUGAUGCGAUUGAGUGAGCCGCUCGAGUUUUCCAACAAAGUACAGCCGAUUCCUUUGGCUGAGAAUUAUCCUGCUCUUGGAACGAACGCAUUUGCUUCUGGCUGGGGAGCUACAUCAUUUGAAUUGGGUUUUAUGAAUGGCUUUCUCGAAUUGAAUCCGAUAUAUCCCGUACAUCUCCAAGGCGUAUCGCUUCAAAUAAGAUCAAAACUGCCAGGAGAUCUAACUUAUGCCGGAAUUACUGGACAAACUAUUUGCGGUGGCGAUUCCGGUGGACCUCUGAUUGUUAACAAUCAACUUGUGGGUGUCGUCUCAUCAGGCCCAAUAUUUUGCAAUGAUUUUGGAACUUUCACCAGUAUCCCUGCCUUCAGGAAUUGGAUUUUAGAUGCCAUUAAAUCUAUUUGAAAAAAAUGUAAUAGAAAAUACAAAAUAAAUACAAUUUUACAAUG